GAGUAAGGAGCACUUGAUUGUUAAACCGGACCGAGAAAGAAAUAAGGCUUUGGCGAGCUGCACUGCUAAACCCUAAACCCUUUACCUUAUUUCUGUCUCAAUUUCUUCUCUUUCUUUGUGGUUCCUUUGAUUAUUUAAAUAUGAAUUUCGAACUGAUUAAAAGCUCACGUCCCAUUUUACAUACUAUUAUUUGUGUUCCAUUUUACGUCAAAUGUUUCUCUUCUCUCCCUUCAAUCUCUUCACUUUCUGAUGUAGAAACCCAAUUGAGAUUACUUUGUCAAGAACCCAAUUUUCAAUCCACUAGAGCAGUUUCUUUGUUUCACCAAGCUAUCGAUUCAUAUCUCUAUCCUUCAGAGUCAAUCUGUAAUUCUCUUCUGCAUAGUUUGGUAAGGUCUAAGAAUUACCAAUUGACGCUUUCUGUUUAUAGUAAGAUGACCCAUGUUGGUAUUAUAUCUAAUUUUUCUUCUUUAAGUCUUUUAGUCGAUUGCUUUGUGCAUACCCAUAUGCUCAAAUUUGCUUUUGGGGUGUUGGGUUUGAUUUUAAAGCGUGGUUUUGUGGUCAGUGUGUAUGUUAUGAAUUUGAUGUUAAAGGGUCUGUGUAGUAAUGGUGAGGUUUAUGAGGCUAUGAAUUUGCUUAAUGAAUUGAAAAUGACUCAUGUUAUGCCAAAUGUUGUUACUUUUAGUAUAAUUAUAAAAGGACUUUGCAAGGCGAAACAGUUUGAAGAUGCUAUGAAGUUGUUAAUUGAGAUGGAGGAGAUGAAUUGUGAACCGGAUGCUUUUACGUACUCUAUUUUGAUGAAUGGUCUUUGUAAGGCUGGUAGGGUAGACGUGGCAAUUGGGUUGUGGGAGAAGAUGAAAAGAAAGGGAUCGGAGGUGAAUGUUGUUGUUUAUGGUACACUUAUUAAUGGUUACUGUAAGUUGGGGCAAUGGAAAGAAGCCACUGCUACGUUUAAUGCUAUGAUGGAAAGUGGGAUUCGCCCUGAUGUUUAUAUCUAUACGUGCUUGAUUUCUGGACUCUGCAAAGAUGGAAAGACUACUAAGGCUAUAAACCUGUUUAAACUGAUGGUAGAAAAGGGUGAAGAGCCUAAUACUGUGACAUAUAAUGUUUUAAUGCAUGGACUAUUCAAGGAAGGCCUGGUUAAUGAAGCUUUAAAAAUUAUGCAAAUGAUGUUGGACAAGGGAAUGAAACCUGAUGUGGUUUCUUACAAUACCUUACUGAUGGGACUUUGCAAUAACAGUAGAGUUGAUGAGGCGAUGAAACUCUUUCAUACUGUGUUGAGGGAUGGAAAUUAUAUUGAGCCAGAUGUCAGGACUUUUAAUUAUCUAAUUCAGGGGCUUUGCAAGGAAGCUCGGGUUGAUGAGGCAACUGAGAUUUAUGAUAUGAUGAUUGAUAGGGGGUACUCUGUUAAUUUGGUAACUUGCAAUGUUUUGAUUGGAGAAUAUCUAAAGGCAGGAUUGAUUAAUGAGUCUAUGAGAAUAUGGAAACGUGUAAAUGAAUUAGGAUUUGUUCCAGAUUCAAUCACCUAUGGUGCCAUGAUUCGUGGAUUUUGUAGAAUGGGCAUGCUUAAUGUUGCAAAAGGACUUUUUACUAGAAUGAGAGCCCUUGGGCUGAGCCCUGCUUUGUCUGACUAUAAUAUGUUGAUGGCUUCCUUGUGCAAGGAGAGCAGCUUGGAGCAAGCGAGGAAGUUGUUUCAAGAAUUGAGGAACUCAAAUUGUGAAUUGGAUGUCAUCUCUUUCAAUACAAUGAUUGAUGGGACUCUGAAAGCAGGGGAUAUUCAAUCAGCCAAAGAAUUGCUAAAGGACAUGCUUCAAAUGGGUUUGAAUCCUGAUGCUUUUACCUACUCCAUUUUAAUAAAUAGGUUCUCAAUACUUGGACUGUUGGAUGAGGCUAAAGGAGCUUUUAAUAGAAUGAUUGGCUCUGGCUUUAUACCAAGCAUCCAUGUAUAUGAUUCAUUACUUAAAGGUUUUAGCUCAAUGGGUAAAGCAGAAGAGACUAUAAACCUUCUUCAACUGAUGGCGGAUAAGGGAGUUGUUCUUGACUCAGAAAUAAAAAAUACAAUCAUGACUUCUCUCUGUCAUAGCUCGUUGGGUAAAGAUAUCGUGGGCCUGUUGCCUAAUUUUGCAUCAGAAGUGUCAGAAAAGUCGAGCAUCUCAUGCAAUAAGUUGUUGAUGAAAAUACGAGAGUCUAGCCCAGAACUUGAAGUACAUGCUGCUUGAAGUACAUCAGAAGUCUAACCUUCUUCAACUACUGAAGCUGGGUGCCUCUGUCACUCACUUGAAGAUUGGUUUCCUAAAUGAUGGGACUCAGUUUUGUUGCCUCAUCCAUACAAAAGUCAGCCUCUACAAGUUGCAGCUAAGAUUUUGUUGGAGUUGAACAUUUAUGAGUUGAACAAAACCUUCCCCUAAUAUUCGCAGGCACAAGACAUUGAAUAUGAAGAACCAAUUGAAGUAAAGAAGAAGUUUAAAGAGCAACAAGAAGUCACGCAUGAAGCCAUAGAGAAUUCCCGCAAGUAUUUUUUGGAUGCAAAUAUGGGUAUGAUUCAGUUUGGAACAAAGAAAAUAGAAGGGACAAAGAGGAUGGACUUUGUUUUUUCAAGAUUCUGGAGAUGCUCAAGAUGCUGAAUUUGUGUGGAGUAUUGAUAGUGUUCAAAAGUGAAUGUCAUGAAGAAGAACUGCAUAUAUGGUGCUCCGUGUUGUGAAUGUCAUGAAGAAGAAUGCAGGACAUCGUAUACCAUGCGCACCAUUGAAGAGAGAAAAAAUAUGGGUAAAAACAAAAUUGAUAAAUUGCCAUAGGGCAAUUACAGCAACAGAAAGCGACUUAUUUCGAUUACAACCAUUGAACUGGAGAGUAUUUAUAAUCAAGAAAUGCUCAUCAGCUUACAUUAUCUUCAGAUGGCUACUGAGCAAGGUAUCUGACAGGACAACCUCUUCUACCAGCUCCAAAAGGCAAGAGCUCAAAAUGUUGCCCUUUGAAGUCGAUGAAGCUAUCAAUAAACCUUUCAGGAAAGAAAUCUUCAGGGUCCUUCCAGUAGUUAGGAUCUCUUCCAAUUGCCCAAACGUUGACAUGGAUCAGUGAUUUGGGAUAAAUGUCACAACCGUUUAUCUUAAAAUUGGAAAUCACUUCUCUUGGAAGUAGCAAUGGAGCAGGGGGAUGCAAUCUCAGAGUUUCUUUUAUUACCAUCUUGAGGAUUCCUAGCAAGCUCAGCCAUAGCCCAUAUCAGGGUAACUGCACCAGUAUAUACUCCUGCCACAAAUAAGUCCUGAUGCAAGAACAUCACAAUUGAGAUGCAAACAGCAUCAGAUAUCAGUUCAAACUGAUUAGAUAUGAAGAAAAAGACGUCAUUUUUAUGGCUCAGUUGUUACUUAACCCAAAAGUUUUUUACCACAAUUUUAUUCCAGUGUCAGUACAGAGCUCUAAAAUUGUAUCCGUAGUUAUAUAAACAGAGUCAGGUGAGGUGAAUGGGGGAGAUGUAAGACAACUAGUCCAAGGGAAAGAUGGAGAACAUACCAUGAGAACUGCCUUGAUAUGAUCUUUUGUGAGCUGAACUGAACCAACUUCAGUCUGCUCCCUCUCUAAUCUCAGUAGCACAUCAACAAUGUCUUCCAGUUCUUUAUCCAUCUUCCCAGGUUUAAGAUGAUCAUCAAUUAUUUGUUGGAAGAAAGUAUCGAGCUUAUGGAAGACGUUUUCUGUCUUUGCAUAAUAACCAGUAAACCUGUCAAUAAUCCAGCCUACAUGUUGGAAGUAUUCAUUUGCAGAAAAGCUUCCCAGCAAGGCUUCCACAUCGUCAAGUAAAUUUUUAAACCUAUCCUUCUCAAGAUCAGUUGCUUCAAAGCUUGUUCCAAAAGCCAGCCUGAAUGUUAUAUUUGCAGUGAGAGAAAAGAACUUCUCAGUAAGAUCAACAGGGGUUGCAGCAGAUGAUGAUUGAGAUAUUGAAUCAAUUAGCGCAGCAACUUCUUCGUCCCUAAUGAACUGAAACGACUGCACCCUUUUUAUGCUAAACAGCUCAUGAACGCAUAUUUUUCGAAUCUCUCUCCAGUAAUCACCGUAUGGUGAAAAAGCCAGAUCUAGAUAAUUGUAUGAAAGUCUUCUAGCACCAACUAAGGAAGGUCUACUGCAACAAGAAAGAUCAUGAUUCUUCAGGACCUCUUCUGCUGCUUCAGCAGAGGAAAUUACAACUGCAGGUACACCACCAAAAUGAAGAAGCAUCACUGGACCAUAUUUCUUGGAGAGCUGCCAUAAAGAGCGGUGGGGCAAUCCUGCAAGUUGAUGCAGGUUUCCUAUGAUUGGAAGCUUAGGAGGACCUGGUGGAAGAUGCUUGUUACCUCUUUUAGGUAGUAGUAAAGGUAGAAGAAGAAGAAGAAGAAGAAGUACCCACAAAGGUAUGGGAUAAAGAAACAUUGUAGCUUUAGCUUUAAUGCCAAAAAAUUCUUCAGAUUUUUCAUCUUCAGAUAACCAUCAUUCCUCUUUAAUUAAAUAACCAACCACAAGAGUCAUGGAGUUAUCAUUCUGGCUCUAUUCAA